AUGGUUACACUCCCCCUCCCGUAUCACCAACCGCUGGCAGCGCGGACAAGACUGAAACAUACGCUCGCCCCUAGCCAGGCGCGCGGCGCGGAUGACGGUGCGGUCGACAAACACGCUGCGGACCUCGCUGAGGGCCCGGACCUGGCGCACGGCCCGCUGCUAGGAGGCGCGUGCGGCCGGGCCGAGCAGGCGAAGCGCGGCGUGUUGCUGGGCGGCGCGGUGGUCGUCGGGGUUGAUGUUGUUGCCGCUGUUGGUGUCGUUGUCGUUGUCGUUGUCGUCGUCGAUGUCGACGUCGGUGGGCAGUACCGGGUUGCCGCAGCAGCGUGGCGGCAUGCAGGAUGGGUCGGUGACGUUGCGGAUGGCGGUUUGGGUCGCGCGGGCGAUGCAGUCGCGGCACCAGGGGUCUGUGGAUGUGUUGUUAGUGCAGGCGGUCUCGAUGCCCUCGACGAACUCCUCAAAGCAGAUGGUGCACUGUAG